AUGAAGUCUGUGUCUUAUAUUUCAUGCGACUUUCUCACUUCACACGGCGUGCCAAUGACGAAGCCGCUCCGUGAUUGGCUGAACCGUGCCUCGUACCUGGCAAAAACCAGGACGACCGAGGCGGAUCGGUGCAAGUAUGAGCGGUGGGCCAUUGGGGUCGUGGAGGAGGCCCUGCGUGAACCGGGCGGAAUCGAAGGGAAGGACUGGGCGCGUGUGUCUCCCGUGAUGCCGACGAAUGCAGUGGACAGAGAACCUACCCUUCUUCGGGACGGCGGUGUUUCGGAGGGAGGAGGAAAUGGCGUCACACAGUCAAGUGUGGACCACCGCGCCCUCGUGGUGGCGGAGUCCAUGCGGCGCGCCCCAGCGGAGCUUCGCGCCUUUUUGGUACAGGCGAUUAAUAUUACAGAUAUGGAGGUGACGGCGGGGAGGAAGCGGUAUGAUGCCGUGACCUUCAUGGAGUUGAUUCAGGCUGCGCAGGAGCUUCAGCGCGUGUACCAAGCACAGAUGGAGGCCCAGCGUCGCGCCACGCCCCCCUCGCCACGGGUGGCGGUGGCGGCUGGCCCCAGCGAGCCUGCGCAACGGAGGUCCGCAUUGCCUGCAAAGGUUCCAAGGACGCAUUCAGAGGGCGAGGAGAGAGGUCUGGAGAAGGAAAGGCCGAGCAAGACGCGGCGCGGGGAGGUUAACCCGCAUCGGCGGGAUACUGGAACGGGUCCCACAUCAUUGGAGUCUGAGCGCACAAGCAACUUCUUUCGAGACUUGGUUUCCUGCAAUGCCGCGUCGCUAGCGCCACGUCCCUUCAUUGGAGAGUCGCAAGAGCUAGAACGAACGUAUUCUAGGUACGAGCCUACCCCGGAAGAUAUUCGUCCACGCAAUGUUCUCGUGAAGGCUCUGGCGUUUGUACUUGCAAAGGCGAAGGAGAAGGAUAGUACGGAGAAUUCGCUCGCCUCAGCAAGAUACUUAAACGAGCAAUUGAAGGGGUUAAGGCAGGACCUUCGUGUGCAGAACAUUGUGGAUGAAUUCGCUGUUGAGGUGUACGAAAGGCACGCUCUCAUUUGUCUAGAAUUGGGAGACAUCGGGGAAUUUAACCAGUGUCAGGCCUCAUUGAAGAAGUUGUAUGAGGGGCUUCCUGACGUCACGGAGACUUCCGUUUCUGACUUCUUUUGCUACCGUCUUGCGUACCUUUCCCUUGGCGGCCAGUAUGAUGCGUUGGCAACGGAGUUGAUAGUUUACACAAACACGGUUGCGAGGAGCGCAAAGGCGUGUAAAUGUGCAUCGCUACGCGUAAAAAAAAGUGAUCUGCGGUGGACGAUAAAGUUGUGUACUGCGUGCGAAGACGGUGACUGUGUGACGAUUUGCCGCGCUAUUAUGGCACUCCCACGCGGCAUGCACUUGCUACUGAAAAUAUAUCUUCAGAAGUGCCGGCUAACGUGGUUGCGAGCGGCACUCAAUUGCAUACGGGGGAUGGUCUCCGCGCACUUCGUCCUGGCCUCACUCGGCUUGACCCCUGUGGAGCGACACAGCGGUGAAUGCGUGCCCGACGCGGAGGGGAAGGGAGCCUACUUUUGGUUAGAUGGAUCCUUUGAGGAAGCCGAGGAUGCACUCAGGCGCUUCUUCGAGAUGAUUAAAUUUGCGCUUCCUCACGGAUUUUCAUUUAAAGAUGAGGUCCAUUGCGACACGACGAAGAAGCGCUCUCGAAGCGGAGAAGACACAGGGAGAAAUGAGGAGGACGCCACCGUGGUUGAUGCCGCGGCCUUGCUCAAGUGUGUCGACGCAUAUAUCGCCUUCCUCAGUACACGGCGUGACGUUGGUCUCGGUAACGCCGAAUAA